UUGUUUUGUUUGUUUACCUUAUCAUCUGUCAAAAGAGAGGGGGGAUCACCGCCACAAAAAAAAAACUGUCAAGGAAAAUCGUGCAAGUGUUUGGUGUCCAUCGUUAUGUAACAACGGAAUUUCCUCAUCUUCCCAAAAUCGAUAAGGAAUAAUAAGAGCUUGAAAACGAUUGAGCAAAACCUCCCGCUGGCCUGUUAACCAUGUCCUACUUGGGACUGAGUGAACACAUCGACUUCGAGACUCUGCCUAAUCCCUCCGGGCGGAUCCGCCUGGACGAAGUCAUCGGCGAGGGGACCUACGGCGAAGUCUACCGAGCUUUCGAUCUCGAAAUGGGUCAGUCCGUGGCUGUGAAAGUAAUGGAGCAAAUAGCCGAUAAUAUCGAAGAAAUCGAAGAAGAAUUUCUUGUUCUCCGAGAUCUCUGCCUCCAUCCGAACAUUCCGGCUUUUCACGGUCUCUACUUGAAAAAACAUUCAUCCAAACGAGAGGAAGACCAGCUCUGGUUCGUCAUGGAGCUCUGCAGCGGAGGUUCGGUCACCGACUUGGUUCACGGCCUGAAGCGCUAUAAUCGCAAGCUGACGGAAGAGCAAAUCGCCUAUAUUCUCCGUGAAACCAUCGAAGGUUUAGUUUACCUCCAUAGGAACCAUUGCAUGCAUCGGGACAUUAAAGGCCACAACAUACUUUUGACGGAAGAGGCUGAAGUAAAGCUUAUCGACUAUGGCGUUUCGUCUCAUACCAAUGCUACGUUGGAUCGUAAAAACACGUCGGUUGGAACGCCCUAUUGGAUGGCCCCAGAGGUGAUUGCAUGCGAGCAACAGCUGGACUAUUCUUACGAUAUGCGCUGCGAUGUUUGGUCUUUGGGCAUCACGGCAAUCGAAUUGGCUGAUGGAGACCCUCCACUAUCGGAACUUCAUCCGAUGAGAGCUCUUUUCCAGAUUCCUCGUAAUCCACCACCGACUUUAUAUAAACCGGGAGACUGGAGUGCUGCGUUCAAUGAUUUUAUCGCCACUUGCCUGGUGAAAGAUUUCGAACAGAGGCCAUUCUCCCGUGCUUUGCUAGAUCAUCCAUUCAUUAGUCAAGUGCCACCCAAUCCCGAUUCGAUUCGAUAUCCUUUAAAAAGGGAAGUACUAAGGCAAAUGGGAGCUAGAAACAAAAGAAGAGCUCCAGAACCGACAACUAAACAAGGCAAGUUGAAAGCGGACCGCAAAGCGAAAUUGCAGCGCAUCUACCUGGACGAUUUGGCUUCGCUGGAAAAUUUUUCCAUCGAAAGUAUUGUAGACCAGCUGGAGCAGCGAUACAGGAACAAUGUCAUCUACACGUACAUCGGAGACAUUCUAGUCGCAGUCAACCCUUUCGCUGAAUUAAACAUUUAUUCCGACAGGGAGGUUUACAUGUACAGGAAUCGAGCACGAUCGGAUAAUCCACCUCACGUUUUCGCCAUGGCCGACUCAGCUUAUCACGCCAUGCUGCACCAAAGGCGAUCUCAGUGUAUCGUCAUUAGCGGAGAAAGCGGAGCAGGCAAAACGGUCACGGCCAAUUUUCUUCUCAAACAACUCGUCACCUUGGGCAAGGCUCCUAAUCGUGACCUGGAGGAGAAGAUUCUCAUGAUGAACCCGAUUAUGGAAGCCUUUGGUAAUGCCCGAACGGGCAUCAACGACAAUUCUUCGCGUUUCGGCAAAUACUUGGACGUCACGUUUACAACCGCCGGUAUGGUUUCCGGCGCCCGGCUGUCGGUUUAUUUGUUGGAGCAUUCCCGCGUCGUCCAGCAAGCAGCCAACGAGAAGAACUUUCACAUUUUUUAUUACCUCUGUGAUGGACUGGCGGCCGAGAACAAGCUGAGUGAAUACUUCCUCGACAGCGGGAGAAGAGCGCAUCGUUACGUCACUCUUCCUCCGCUUACUUCCUUAGAGCGACAGACCAAUGCAGAGAAAUAUCAAUUAGUACGCAAAGGAUUCGACCAACUGGGUUUCGCGAGUGACGAAUUGGACGCAAUCUACUCCGUCAUGGCCGCUGUGAUUCAUAUUGGCGACCUGGAUAUCGUCCCGGCCGGCCCUGGCAAAGACAACACGGACCGAUGCAAAAUUGCGAAUCCCGCUCAGACUAAAAUAGUGGCCAAACUGCUGGGAGUCGAACCGGAGGCGGUGCAGGAAGCUCUGACAUCCGUGAGUGUAGUGACCCGGGGCGAAACGAUCACGCGUCACAAUGGAUUGGACGCAGCCUGCGCCACACGUGAGGCUAUGGCUAAAGGACUUUAUUCCCGAUUAUUCGACUGGGUCGUUCAGCAAAUCAACCGGCACUUAUCCUUCGGGCGUCUCGUCUAUGAUUCGAACAUCGAUGUUCAUUUGCAUAGUGGGGAGCCAUUGUCAGUGGGACUGCUGGACAUUUUCGGUUUCGAGAAUCACAUGGGAAUCGGAGGCCGCAACUCUUUCGAGCAGCUUUGCAUCAACAUCGCCAACGAGCAGAUCCAGUAUUUCUUUAAUCAGCAUGUUUUCACUUGGGAACAGCAGGAAUACAUGGCCGAGGGAAUCAGCGUCGACGUGGUCGAAUACACCGACAACCGCCCAGUUCUGGAUAUGUUUCUUGCGAAGCCGCUGGGUUUGCUGGCACUUCUCGACGAGGAAAGCCGUUUCCCUGGAGCUUCAGACAUUUCUCUCAUAGAAAAAUUCCAAAAGAACAUAACGUCCGACUAUUACAUCCGCCAUAAAGCGCACGGUUUGGAUUUUACGGUCCAACACUACGCUGGCCGUGUGAGUUACGAUGCCACGUCGUUCUUGGAGAAAAAUCGCAACUUCUUGCCACACGAGGUGGUUCAGUUGUUACGCAGCAGUCAGAAUCCCACCGUUCAGUUCCUCUUUAAUUGCCCUCUCACCAAAACGGGCAAUCUGUAUUCCAAGUCGCCCUUUGGAUCCCCAUCAUGCGGUCGUAAAGUUAUCUCGCCGACACCCGAAUUGAAAGGUCGUAGCAAUAACAAGACCGAUGGCAAGACGGUUGUGUUCAACAGUAUGGUCACUCCGGGUACCAUAUUAGCCAAAGACCUUGCGUCACAGACGAGGGCUCAACAGACCGUGAGCACCUACUUCCGUCACUCUCUGAUGGAACUUUUGCAAAAAAUGAUUGGCGGCUCAUCAGUUGGUUCUGAUACACGAUCUGCAGGUGUCAUAGGAGAGCCGCAUUUCAUCCGAUGCAUCAAACCGAAUGAUACUCGCAGGGCCGGCUGUGUUGACCGGACCAAAAUAGCCCAACAGUUGCGUUACACGGGCGUUCUAGAGACCGUUCGUAUCCGCAAACAAGGCUUCUCUCAUCGACUGAAUUUUGUUGAUUUCCUCCGAAGAUAUUGCUUUUUGGCAUUUAAUUUCGAAGAACGAGUAGUUGCAGAUCGUGAAACUUGUCAAAAGUUACUAGUCCGUCUGAAACUUGAUGGCUGGGCUGUUGGGAAGACGAAAGUUUUCCUCAAGUACUACCAUGUCGAGUAUCUGUCUAAAGUCUACGAUCAACAAGUUAGACGCAUCAUCCAAGUCCAGUCUUGCGUCCGCCGCUGGUUAGCCAAAUUGAGACUCGCCCGGCACAACAAGAAAGUCGGUAUAAUGACACCGUUCACCGAAGCUGAAGAAAUCAGAGCUUCACAAGAUAUGAAGCAAGUGGGUGGAAAGGCUCAACAGGUCGAUGCUAAUGAAGCUGCCACUGUCAUUCAGAAAUCCUAUCGAGGAUACAAGGUACGAGUCAAGUACGGAGAAGAAUUGAUGGAGCGUUUCCAGGAGAAUUCCACUUUGCAACGAAAAUAUGGCAGACCUCAAUAUCCGCAAGAUGCCACUCAAGAAGUGCUUUCUAGUCCGUCGGCGGCUACACUCGACGAAAAGACUAAAAAUUCCAUUCGUCGUCGUCGACAAGAAAUGGUAGCUUUUGCAGCUCAGAUUACCAAAUUAAGCCAGGAGAAUCACCAGAUAUUGCGUCGUUGUAAGGGCAGCAUUUCGUCCAGUCAACUGGUUCCUCCGCCAGCAAACUACGUCCGUCCCAGUGGCUUCAAAAUUAUGCCGGCCAUGUUGGCUCAACAGAUGUUGCUUCAAACUCCUUACAAGUCCGGCAACAAUCUGGACUCCAAAACUUUCCUCUAUCCGUUGGGAAGCAACCCUAUUAGCGAUGAUGAAGAUUUCGAUGAAAAUGCGGCAUGGGAUUCCCCGCUUACGCGGGCAAUGAAAGGCAAACAUGACAGGGAGAAGAAGAUCGAUGUCAACCAAGAAAUACGUGAUCAAAUAGGAGAAGGUGGUUUGAUGUCGCAAAAUCAAAUUAAUAUCGAUCGUGAAAACCAAAUGAUCGGGCAGUGGAAGCAACUCUUUAAAAAAUCAUCGUCCAACAAUCUCCUUGGAGUCCAGCAACCUUUGGGCUUGGCUGGAGCAAGGGAUAAUCAAGAAUCACCAAUAGGUAAAAGACCUAUCGGUAAGUUAUUCCCGGAAGCCAGUGCAGAACGACCUUCAAUCCUUAAGGGAUCUUCGGGAUUUAAAGAGAAAGAUGUGAUCAUCAAUCCGGUUAAGGGAAGGUCCAACUAUGGCAGCAGUAAGGAGAACCUGGUUAGUCCGGGAGGUGCCCCAACACGACACGUCAUAUUCCAACGUGAAACGAGUGUUGGCAGCAUCCAAGAUGCCAAUGCGUUGCGGCGAAACAGCGUGACACGCCAGACCUCCGUGGCCGAUUCGUUGAUGUCACCACAAUCCGACAUUAAUGCUGGCGAUGGUCCGUUCAACUUCCGGCAGCAUUUGCGCAAGACGGAAUUCGCUCCAACAGACACGUUGAAGAAGAUGAAAGAGCGAUCUUCAACACCGGUUGACGAAUGAAAAAAAAAAAAUUAUUAUGUUGUCACAAUUUCCUAGUUUUACUUCAAGUCCGUUUUGUUUGCUUGAUGAUAUCGGGACGAUAACCCGUAAGUUAACGGCCCCGUUUGAAUUUUCCUAUUUGACCUGUUCCGUUGAUUUCACCUCGAGUUUGACAAGUAUCUAGUCAUUAACAAUUUCCUAUUCCAUUCGUUCACCUGUUAGGCUGUUUGGAAUCGUUUGUAUAGUACACAAUGUGUUAUAGAUUUUUAAAAUUUGUUACCUGAACCCGCAAUGAUCCCACAUGUUAUAAUUCACUCUUCAAAUACAAUAGAAAGGAGCAAUCUCCGUUUCGAUAACA